AUGGAUGAUGAUCGUGCUUCAGUUUACUCCUGCUACACCCUCUUCUGGAAACUUGCUGGUCUGCCCACACAUCAGAAUGCAAAUUUAUUAGAUUACAUGGCAAAGAAACUGGCCUCACAAUCACAAAACACCCACCCCAGAAAUGCCCAGUGUGACCGAGGCCCUUCAGACACCAGCGUCCUGUUGAUACUGACAACUCCCAAACUGGCCUGCUCACUCCCACCUGGGAUUUUAAAAGCCUUGACCUCAACCUUCUUCAGACUGGACCUGGUUUUCUCAUUCUCCAGAAACCCUGAUGGUGAGGCACAUUGUCGGCUCACGGUCAUCCUAUUGUCACCGGUACCAAGGGGUCCCCAGACGCUGUUACCCGCCGGGAGGCGACAAGCUCCGCCCACCCAGGUCACACGUGUGCGGCCACGCCCGCCCAACCGUCCUGACGUCACCGCUGCGCGCCGCAGGAGGCCCCGCCCCCUCGUCGCUUUUCCCCGGCCGCCCGGAGUUGCUACUGCUGGAUGCCCUGAUAAAGAGAGAGAGAAAAGUUGGAAUUUAUCGAUGGAAAUGUCAGAAGAUGAUAUUAAUACAGAAGAAUACCCCACAGAAAUCCAUGAUUAUCUUGCAGCAUUUGAAAAAUCUCUUGGUUCUGUAGAUGAGAUGCUGAAGACAAUGAUGUCAGUUUCCAGGAGUGAGCUUCUCCAAAAGUUGGAGCCUCUUGAGCAAGCAAAGAUGGAUUUGGUUUCAGUGUACACAUUAAAUUCCAUGUUCUGGGGUAAGUAUGUGGUAGGAGGAAAACGUAGUAUUUAUGAUUGCCAUUUGAACACCUUGUAGACAGCUGCAACCAUUAAAUAAUCGUAUUUCAUAGCCAAAUAAUUAGAAACUUGUAAUUACCCUGAGGACCCAGAUUAUUGCCAUCUGUAAGAUAAAUGAUGUUGAAACUCCAAAGCAAAAAUUGAUAUUUACAAAGCUGACUUUGUACAUGUGUGAGAGUGUUUCUUUCUGGUUUUUUCUGUCCUUUUCUGUUCAGCCUUUUCUGUCUUUUUAAC